AUGCCUCCCCUCACUUGCUCUUGCUCUUAAUGCUGGAGCCCCAAUCCCUCAUCUUUCUGCCUUUUCUUGUCUCUUCACUGGUUUUUGCUUUUCUCUCUCUGCCCCUAACGCCCAGUCUUCCUCUACUUCUAGGCUCUUUUCGGAAAUCUGCAUGUUUCCCUCUGCGUUGACUGGGUCUGUUGGUCUGGUCAGGAGGGCCUCGGGUCCUGCGGUUGUGGGUGGCCGGGCGCCAAAGGAGGGAGGAGUCCAUGGGGGCGGGAUUGGCCCUAAAGCCAACUCAUAAAGACUGGGACUGACGAAGCUUUCUGGAGGAGUCCUGGAGGGGCUGUUUGUUUCGACAGGCAGACCCCACGAGCUCAGCUGGGGCUCUGCAGUGUCAUGCCCUGGAGUCCUUUGGCUGCGCUGACCUGGGCGCUGGUGCUGAGGCUGCUGGCUUUGCUGUGGCCCCCUGGACGGGGUGAGGCGUGCAGCUGCGCGCCUGCGCACCCCCAGCAGCACGUCUGCCACUCUGCUUUAGUGAUACGGGCCAAAAUAUCCAGUGAGAAGGUAGUCCCUGCCAGUGAAGACCCUGCUGACACUCAAAAAAUGAUCCGGUAUGAAAUCAAACAGAUAAAGAUGUUUAAAGGGUUCGAGAAGGCCAAGGAUAUUCAGUAUGUCUACACGCCAUUUGACUCUUCUCUCUGUGGUGUGAAACUAGAAACCAACAGUCAGAAGCAGUAUCUGUUGACUGGCCAGAUUCUCAGUGAUGGAAAAGUCUUCAUCCAUCUGUGCAACUACAUUGAGCCCUGGGAGGACCUGUCCUUGGUGCAAAGGGAGAGCCUGAAUCAUCACUACCACCAGAACUGUGGCUGCCAAAUCACCACUUGCUAUGCAGUGCCGUGUACCAUCUCAGCCCCCAAUGAGUGUCUCUGGACAGACUGGCUGCUGGAACGGAAGCUCUAUGGGUACCAGGCCCAGCACUAUGUCUGCAUGAAGCAUGUUGAUGGCAUCUGCAGCUGGUACCGAGGACACCUACACCUCCGGAAGGAGUACGUUGACAUCGUCCAGCCCUAGAAGGGACCAGCAGCCAUAUCCUUGGAAGAGUUCUGAAGACCAAGCCAGUUCUCUGUGGUACUCUGAUCACCACCACUUGCCAUGUUGCUGCCAGAUAAUGAGAAGUGACAAGUGGAUGGCCUGGCCAGUAAAAUGGAGGCUGUGGGGCAUAUGGCAGCUUGGGUCUGCUGUUCACAUCUCUAGCUCACAACCUGUCAAGGGUUGGGAAGGAAGUAUCUUAUCUGUCUUGCCCUCAGCCCCUCUCCCCUGUCUCCCAAACCUUGUUAGUCUAGCUUACACCCAUUACUCAGUUUUCAUUCUGGCUUUGUUUAACUGGCUUUUCUUAACUCGUAAGGGAGAAGCUGUGACUGUCAUAAAAUGGUACAGCCUUGCGAUGUGCGCUAUGGAAGGUGGGCUGACUGUAUCCUGAGUGGGCUGGUUGGCUGAAAGGAAAAGAUUACCUAAAGCUCCAUUAUCUCCUACUCCCACUGUCUCAACUUAGCCUAAUCCUCUGACACACUUUUAUCUGCUUGAAGGACGCAGUGGGAGCUGAACAGCACACUCUUCCUUGGUGUCCUGCAAGUCCUCUGAUACUUGUCCUGGCAGAAGGUCUGGCCCAGUUGGCAUACAUCUUUGGAAAAAAAACUUACACACUAGAACACACAUUUUCCCCUCCAGGUUAAAUAUCUCUAUUGCCUUCUGUUGGUGUCUGAAGACUUCUCUUCAGUUCUGUUAGGUUUCUAACGUCUUGGUUCCUACUUUAGAACGUUGUUUUUAAAGAAAACAAAAAAGGUGAAACAACAAAGGUGCCCCACCACCAUCAUGAUUUUUCCUGAGGCCAAGUUUCAGUAGAGGUGGGAGGGAGUCAAUACGAGGACCCUCUGGAAAGAUGGUGGAAUACACCUUCCACUUGCUUCAGGUUUCUUCAGUGGCUCUCCCUGCUAGAUGUUACAGCAGGAAGAGGCCAGCUGUGGCCCUGAGAGUAUGUUUCCCCUCCAGCUCAGACCCCUUACCACUGUGUUUAGACUCUAACUGCUGUCCCCUGAGCUCCUCGGCUCCUCUGUAAGUCUUUCUGGUUUGUCUAUAUGGAAAACCACUGACAAUGGCCUCUGUGGUUGAUUAAACCAUAGAGCUCAACAUCCCCAAAACCCUUUCCUGGGGAAGAUUGUAGAGAUUACCCAUUCUUUUUGACAGUGCAGGACUGGUUUUCAUUUUUGACAUGUGGUCAACUGAUAAGCAGGGCCAUCUGUGCUGUGCUGGGAGAAGGAGCUGGAUUUAAAUACAAUGACAGAGAACAAAUAUGAUCUCUGUCACAGGACACAGCUCUUGGAAGGCUCUGGCAGUGAGACUCCAAGGGAUCAUCUAGUAAAAUCCACAACACCCUUGGGCAGAGGGUGUGGGGAUGGAGAGGAAGAUGGAAAUUAACUUCCAGGUUGUUCAAUAUGAAAGAUCCUCAUAGCCUCAA